GCGGGUUCGGGCAUCCUGCGGGGGCGCGCGUGACCCCCGAAGGAUGCGCCCCGCGAUGCGUUACCUCCUGGCCGUCCCGCUCCUGAGCGCCGUGGCGCUCGUGCUGCUGCACAAGGGGGAGCUGCCCGGCUCCGGGAAAGGAGCCCGGCCCGCGGCGUCCCUCCAGAGCGUCUUGCUGCGGCGGUCCUGCGACGCGCUGCUCAAGGGGAAGAAAGCCUUCGUGUGGGGAGCUCCCCUGCAGCCCGCGUCGCGGGGGCUCGCCUGCCGCCAAUACCUGCUGCGCAGCCACUACAUCACCCGCCCGCUGUCGGCCGAGGAAGCCGCCUUUCCGCUGGCCUACAUCAUGACCCUGCACAAAGAGUUCGCCACCUUCGAGAGGCUCUUCAGGGCGGUUUAUAUGCCCCACAACGUGUACUGCGUCCAUGUGGAUGAGAAGGCGACCGCCGAGUUUAAGCAAGAGGUGGAGACGCUUUUGAACUGUUUCCCCAACGCUUUCGUGGCCUCCAAAAACGAGCCCGUCAUUUAUGCGGGCAUAUCCAGGCUUCAGGCGGAUUUGAACUGCAUGAAAGACCUCCUGGAGUCAGAGGUUCAGUGGAAAUACCUCCUCAACACAUGUGGGCAAGAUUUCCCCUUGAGAACCAAUAAGGAAAUAGUUCGGCACCUGAAAGGUUUUAAGGGGAAAAAUAUCACUCCGGGGGUGCUGCCUCCGGCCCAUGUGAUUUUAAGAACCAAAUAUAUCCAUAAGGAGCACAUAGGGGUUGACUCCUCUUAUAUGAAGAACACAAAUGUGUUGAAAAUGCCCCCACCACACAAUCUCACCAUCUACUUUGGCUCCGCUUAUAUCGCGGUCACAAAGCCAUUUGUCGAGUUCAUUCUCCGUGAUCAACGUGCUAUUGAUUUAUUGGAGUGGUCCAAGGAUACUUACAGCCCAGAUGAACACUUCUGGGUGACACUCAAUAGGAUACCAGGAGUGCCUGGUGCCAUGCCAAAUGCAUCAUGGGAAGGUAACCUAAGAGCUAUCAAGUGGAGCGAUAUGGCGAGCUUUCAUGGAGGUUGUCAUGGCCAUUACGUCAGAGGCAUUUGUAUAUAUGGAACAGGUGAUCUAAAGUGGCUGUUUAAGUCUCCAAACAUGUUUGCUAAUAAGUUUGAACUCAAAACAUACCCACUCACUGUAGAAUGCUUGGAACUGAGGCUUCGAGAGAGAGCGCUGAACCAGAGUGAGAUUCAGGUGAAACCAAGUUGGUACUUUUAAAUUCAUUUGGAAUGGAAACAGAACUUCAGCUGCAGUGGCUCUGGAAGAAUAGCCACCUUGAAAGACUUUUUGUUCAGAAUUUAAUUACGGGUACUUUGAAUGCAGAUUGUACAAUUCUGGAGAUACCAGAGAGGAAGCUGAGGAAAUGGUUCUCUUGGGUUCACAGAUGGUAUUUAAGGCUAGACUGGUUGCACAUUUGGUGUUUGUGGCUUGACUGCAUCAUUGCUGACUUGCACCAGGCAAUAAUGUUGUCUGGGAUGAAAAUAAUUGCCAGAACUCACUGAUACUCCAAGGUCCUUGGUAAGGUGAGAGGAUGGCUUUGGGUCCGCAGAAGUGAUGAGGCCUCCAGUGGAAGGGGCAGAGCUGGGGCCAGACUCUUUCUGUCAUCCUAGCCCUUUAUGCAGUGGCCAGGAGCACUAGGGUGUUGGCGGCGGCAGCAGCAGCAGCAGCUGGGGCCUUGGAGCUCCAGCAGUAAUUUGAAGGUCCCCAGGCAGCGGCAUUAAAGCACUGUUGUGGCAGCACUUUAAUGUCAGCUGAGUAUAGGCUGGUACCAUUGGACAGUUUUUACCAGUAUGCUGCACUGGCCCAUACCAACCUACAUUCACCUCUGAAGUAUCACUAUCAUGUUACAUUUAAAAUCAUGCAUCCCUAAAAUAUCAUAUAGCAACAUUAAGUUCAGAUCAUAUUAAUGAGGAAUAGUUACCCUUCUUUGAAGGAAACAGCCACCAUGAACAAGGUCUUAAAGAGAAAUCCUGGUACACAGUUUGAGGUCUCCAUACAUACAGAAACCAGAGUCAUUGACCAAAAAAAUCCCAUACCACAUUUGGCACAAGAAUAGCAUUUGUGACUUUUGACUCCCUAAACAGAAAGUAAGAGGCAAAGGGGAAGCAGCCGGAAUGCUUCCAGAUCCGCUGGCUCUUCUCCAAAGUACUUUGGUGGCAGAGGGAAAAGAGAACUGGGAGGUAAUCAUUUUCCUACUGGUAACACUGAGCUUUGAGUAACUCAAUCUUAUACUUAAAACAUGCUAAUAGUCUCCCUGAAUUUUGUUUUCCUAGACUAGUGUUUCUCAAAGUGGUCCACAGACCCACUCUGAAAAAGCUGCUACCGGGCUGCUCUGGUUUGUUUGCUUAUCAGCUUCACAGCCAUGGAGCCUCAUUGUUCCUCUUGGCUGCGGUUUGCUGUUUGAAGCCAAGGGGAACUGCAGGAAGCAGCAGACUCCAGAGUAGUCCAGUAGCAGCUUUCUCAGAGUGGGUCCAAAUACUGCCCUAGACUAUAUUUACUUAGCACAGAAAAUCACUUUCAGUUGUUACACUAUAUUAAGAUUUUUUCCCCCUAUAUGACAGCCACUAGAGGCUGAGAGAUAAAUAAGCAUGUUUAACCUUGGAACUACACUCACAGGGCCUGAUCCAAAGCUCCCUGAAAACACCUGAAAGUCUCAAUAGACCAGCCAGGACAUUGCCAAGUAUGCAGCAAACAACCAAAACAACAGUAACCCUACACCUAGAACUUUAAACGUGAUGGAACAUAUGUAUAUUUUUCACCCCGAUGUUCUCCACUCUUAGAGGAACCCCCUUAUUUUUUCUGGAAAAGUAAAAACCAAAGCAAAACCACACAAUAAAACUACAGUUGUAGGCACCUCUUCCUUUACUUGUGGAAGGUGGUAUAUAUGCCAGAUUUUGGGCACAUAGUACUAAUAGAAGACAUUUCAGACUGUACCAUCACAAAGGCAUUCAAAUAGACUGUUUUCAGGGUAGACACUAGGAUUGAAUUCCUGUUAAACUUUGCUUAUGGAAGAGUCUCCUGACCACAAAGGUGGCAUAGACAAGCAAACUAAACAGUAGAAAGAGACAGGGAAGAAGAAUCAUUUUUCAAAAUUAACUACAGGUUGGACCUCUCUUGUCCAACACCCUUGAGACCUGACUGGUCCCAGAUGAGGGAAUUUGCCAGACAAUGUGAGAUCCCCUGACACCAGCCCCUCAACCCUUUGUGCCUCCCGGCUGCCAGCUUCUUCAGACUUAUCUGAGCUGUCUGCAGGCCACCCCUGGUUUUCCUGCUGGCCAGUCAGGCAGCUCCAGCACCACUGCCAAACAGAAUGUUGCCUGGUCGGGUUGCCUCAGCCUCAACCCUGCUGCUGGGUGGCAUGUGGCCCCAGCGGUGCUGAUUCUGCCAGGCUGCCAUGGCUGGCUUCCCCGUCUGGGCUGCAGCAGGCAGCCCCACUCACACUGCUGCCUUCUGGGCUGCUGCGGCCCCGCUGCUUCCCAAGUUGACAUGGCCUGGGCAGGCUUCCCCUCUUAGGCCCACCCAGCCCCACUGCCAAGUGGCAGACAGUCCCGAUUGCACUCCACUCAGGCUUCUGCAGCCCCACUGCUAGUAGAUUCUUAGGGUUAAACUGGACUCCCAGCUGCUGGCUCGCCAGCCCUGGGGCUCUCGUGCAGGAACAUCCGUGGGCAUGCCAGACCAUGGAUGUUGCCGGAGAGGAGAAUCCUGGAAUUGGGAGAUGCAACCGGUAGUAGUUUCUGGGGUAGGGAGACUUUACCUUUAGCUAUCCAAUUUGGGACUCUUUAAAGGGGCCUGGUAUUUUAGAAGGCUUGAGCUCAGCUCUUUUCAGCAAUGAGGUGCCUUUAAGGUGUCUAAUGUUGGGCAUCCAGAAAUGGAGACACACAAAGCUGAUACUAACUUGAAAAUUUAGGCCAAGAUUUAAAGAUGGAAAGGGAUCUUGGCAACCUAAUCAGAAUAGUGGAAGUACCACAGUGUGUGAUGAGGGUAAGAUGAGAAAUUGACUAUUCCAGGCUGAGAAUCAAAGGCAAUUAACGGACAAUAAAACCCACCAGAGCAGAAGUGUAGCAAACCCAGCAAUUUAAGAGACCAACAACAGAAUAUUUUACAUAGAAUUCUCUUAAAAUAAGCAGGACCCAGUGGAUACAGUCUUGAAAGAUCUUGUAUUUUCCCGUUUGAGUAAAGCGAUACACUAUAGGGUUAUGAACACUUAGCUACUCAAACCACAUCUGUCUGUUGAUAAUUAAUUCUGGUGGCCUAUGUACUUGACACAGUCCAACUCCUGUUAAUGUCUCUCCCUUGAAUGGUAGUUAAGGUUAUAUUUUCAUGGAAAUAAAUUAUUUAGUUUCCAUUAUGUGUGGACUUGUUUUGGGCCUCUGGUGCCAGGAGGUAAUCACUGUAUUAUUUUAAAGGAAGAUAAUUACAUUUAAACACAACUUGUAGCUAAAACAAAAUUAAACAUAACCAAAUAAAAAGACAGAAGGAAGUAACAUUGCGUAUUGUUACGGGAGUAUCCAGUCCUGGGUGCCACAUUUCAGGACAGAGAACAUUGAAACCUUUUGUGUUGGACAUAAAUUAAUAUUUUAUUUUAUUUAAAAUGAAG